GCUUUCCGGCGGCAAGCCUUAUAGCGAUUGGUUGAGGCGUGAACGAAGCCUGCUGUCGCUCCGAACCAAUGGAACGCUUGCGAAGAACGUUGGCGACCGGACGGUCUGGCCUUGGUUGCUAUGGGAAUGGCGGGAAGCUGUGGUACUUCUCUCUGCUGCCUGCUUCUCGGGGCUACCGGGGUGGGGAAGACGCUGCUGGUGAAGCGGCUGCAGAAUAUCCUCGGGCCCCGGCGAGGAAGGGGGAAGCGGGGCUCGUUGGGUCAAAGGCGGACGAUGUAGAGGAGCGCCUAGCGAGGAAGGGGAAAAGAAAGGAGCGAGGAGAGGUGGUGGGUGCGCCUUGCCUCUCUCUGCCAAGGGCAGAGAUGCAUAGGACUGAGUGAAGGUGGCCUCUAGAGAUUGCAGAAAGUGAUGACUAAAUUGUGAUUGCUAAAGUGUGGUUUUAAAUGGGACUGAAGAGGGCAUCCAUUAAAUGUAUGACAGUGCAAAAAGAAAAAAAAAAUACCCGUGUCGGUUAUAUUUAAUUUUAAUGAAGUUUAAAUGCAAAAGGAAGCCUUGGAGUAUCCGCUGCCAUUACUUUUUCCAAGUGCAGCAUACAAUACAAUAUUAAAUCGUUAAAUGCACACCCCGGGGAAAAAUUAUAGGGGUUUGGCCUCUCUUGUAAGAAUCUUGGGGCUAACGCGUGGAGUUAAGAGUCAGAGAGAGGAAUGGAAUUAAAAAAUGGCUGCUUGAUGUUUGGAAAGUAGGUUUUUGUGACCCAGAAUAUUAAGUCCUUGCUGUAUUGGGCAAGGGUGUAAAUGGGAUCUCCUCCUUGAGCAGCCUUUCCUACUCAUAUCCUGCUGUUUUCCAGCUGAGCUCCAAAUGUGGUGCCAAGGACCUCGGAGACCCACCAGCUACUUUGCCAACGGUAGGCACAAAUCUUACUGAUCUCCCAAUAGGAAGGAAGAUCACAAUUCGAGAGCUAGGAGGAUGCAUGGGUCCUAUCUGGUCCAGUUAUUAUAGUGACUGCCAUGCUGUCCUGGUAUCUGGAAGACAGGGAACAGAUUGGGUGAGGGAGGAAAUUAAGUAUAUGAUUGAUGCUGCCAACCCUACCCAGAUUUCCGCAUCCUGUGUCCAGCUUCUGUCCGUCCUUUCUGCUGAACAGCUAACAUCAGUUCCUGUCCUCCUCAUCUUCAACAAAAUUGACUUACCAUGCUACAUGUCCCUGGUGGAGAUGAAGUCAUUAUUCCGAAUUCAAGAUAUCAUUGCUUGUGCCAAACAGGUUAUCACUGUGGUUGAGAUCAGUGCACGAGAUGGCAGGGGCUUAUCUGAUAUAAUGAAGUGGUUUCAAUCCACCCUGCAUGAUUGAAGUUGGAAUCUGGAAAUGUCAGGAAGCUGAAAUGUUUCCUGCAAACAGCGGAUCAACAUUGCUAUCACAAACUUUGAUGUAGAAAUAUGUCAUUUAAAUUAUUCAGUGGAUUGCCUCUUAACUGGCAUAUUGGAUUGUUGCUACUGCAUGCAGAUGCAUUGAAAGGGAAUAUUGUAGCUUCUAACAGUAAGCCCAGUAAUGAUAUACAGUAUUGUAUCAUUUUUUCUAGAUGAAGAUAUGGAGAGUUGAAAUAAUGGCAAGUAAAAUAUGCUGUAAUAGAAGUACCAAUCAGGUUUUGUAGGCAACAUGAAAUUUAAUUUCACUCAUGUUUCUGUGCUUUGUAUGAAGUCAGAUUUGAUGGAAGUACAAAGCAAACAAAAUCCUGUUCUAUAACACACUAGAAAUUCAGAUUGCUCAAGUCUAGAGUACCUUAUUCAAGAGUUUGUGUGCAUAGUCUCUUGUGUUUUAGUUGUCAAUAGUUUAACUAUUUUCUACAACAAUGAUCUAACCAAAAAUUCAGACCUAAGAAGUAUUAACUUGAUGGGAUUUAGCAGAUAACUUUUGCCAAUGGUGCAGUCUCUGCUAUUCCUCAGACAGAAAGCCUAUCCAGACCAGUGUGCAGGGGCAACAUUAAUCUGUAUUAAAUGCCAUACACAUGACGUAUGUUUGCUACACUGUAUACUAUUGGUUUUCUGUGAGUUACAUUAGAAAUGUGUUAAUUCUUUGGUGUUUCCUUGACUUUGAUUUCUUCUCACAAGAAUCUCACAUUCUCAGAAUUCAGGUUUUUGGUGAGCUCAUGUGAACCAGAUUAGCUGAGUCAUGGGGCAUCAGCAAAAACAAUGUCAAUAGAUUAUAGCUGAAUUACAAAAUGGGUAUGCAAUGUACAAAUUCUAAAGUUCUGCACGACUAAUUAGUUCUCUCAACCAAUUAAAAAUUGUAAAAUGUAAGAUGUAACGAGAUGAGAGUCUUAUCAAUAUUGGAUGUAUUGUUUAAACCUCAGCUCCUCUGUCACUCUUUUCACUUAACUUUUAUCUUCUCAGCUUUCCAUUUUAUUCUCUUGUGGUGUCAGUGGCAUCCAUCAGAGCCACUAAAUUGUUAUUUGAAUGCAUUUAUUUACUUAUUCCAAUUCAGUGACUCUUAAGAGUCUUUGAAUGGCUUCUAAGAAACCAAUUAUAUACUAGGGUUAAAAGUAUAGUAAAAAAUAUUUACAGAAUGAAUGCUGGCAUUCAGUCCAGUUGCACCUACUGCUGGACAAUCACAAAGAUGGUUUUACUAGAGGUGAACACAAAUGACAUUCUCUUCCUGUCUCACAAAAUGGGUAGAUUCAACACAGUAGAACUGACUCUCCCUUCUCAUCAUGCUGUAUCUCUCUGUGUCCACUCUCCAUAAACACCUAAUUUAGUGGGAGCUUUAAUUAAUUGCAUUGAAAGCCUAAUACCAAAAACAGGUUAAUUAUGAACUCAAUGCAUCUGAAAGCUAUGAACUAACCUAUUUUAUGCUGCCAUAUUUUCUUACUGGUGUUUCUAUGACAAUGCUCUAAAUUAGAAACUUAAAUAUUUAUUUGAAAUAAAUAUUUCAUAAAGUAAA